UUUAAGUAUGUAAGAGAGAAAAAUAGAUUGCAUGUAUCUACAGUUCCUCGGGUUUGAGACAAUAUUCAAGGCACAACCCUUCAGCUGUCCUUCAUCAAUCGAUGAAAGCUCUUUGCGUCUGGUCUCUGGAGAGCCUGGAGGAGAGUGUGUGGUCACAGCCAGACACAUUAACCUGAUGGUAACAUGGGCACAGUCAGUUUCAUGUGUAUUGGAUAGAUAGGUGUAAUGGACCGCUGCCGGUUUUUAUUUUGAUACAAUUUUGAUGUUAAUGCCUGGAAAGUAAAGGAAGCAACACUAUAAAUUUAUACUGAAAAGUAGUUAAAACGAUUUUACACUAUUCUGUUGGUAACUAUUAGUGUUAGCAAAUGUGUUAAUAAAUACAUAGCCUUGAUGUCAACAGUCAGUACUUGCCACCUCUGUAAUGCUGACAGGUAAAUAGGGAUGAUGGCUGUAUGUGCCCGUCAGGUUGUGUCUCUAUUAUCCUUUUGUGCCUUGAGUCCCUGAAUGGAUGUCUGCUUAGUAUCCUCUUUCCAGAAAACAUCUGUAGUUGCUAAAUUGCCUGUUUGUUAUGAUAAAAGCGCAUAUUAUUUAUAAUGUGUUUAUGUUCUUCAAAGCAAAACCUAGACUUUCAUCUUUGUUCCCUACAUCCCCUGUCUCUUUCUGAUUGAUGCCAUAUUUGAAAGGCUACAUAUACAGUCUGGUGCCACAGCAUCCAAUCAGAUCCUAGAUGUGGGUGUCCCAGCCAGUCUGACUCCCUGGCUGUUGCCUGGCAACUGAGACUGCUGCUCUGUAAUUCAAUCCAUGGAACGAUCCUGCAGGGGUUUAUAUGGGAAGAGGCGAGAAGAAAAUAUCAUUUGCACAGGGGGAAGUAAAUGACCCAGGAUGGACUCCAUUUCCCACACUGCUGAGCAGGAAUAUAAAACAGUAGUACGAUUGGAAGUAAAGAGCACAUGAGAUACAAUGCAACGUCUAAAAUAAAACUAAUAAUAACCAUCUUCACUUUAAAUGAUAAAUUAAUUGAAUGAGAAAACAGUUCUGCUUCUAUGUUCAAAGAUACCCAACUCCGCUUCUCUAAUAAGAGAACUGAAACAUGAAUUCAUUACAAGCAUCAUAACACAGCAGUGCUCUGACACACCGGCCUGUUUUGUCCUACAUGGUGCAUCAACCAGUUGUCAAAUACAUUAAAUCACAUGCUCUGCUGCUGCUUCAGAGAAUUAGACACUGAAAGGGUUAAAAAGGGGGAGGAUGCAAAAUGGCUUGAAGCCAGCAGUGUGUGUGUGUGUGUGUGUGUGUGUGUGUGUGUGUGUGUGUGAGUGAGUGAGAGAGAGAGAGAGGAACACAGAAAAAGACAAGCACAGAAAAGCUGAACAAGGAAUACAAUGCGCAUGAUGCUAAAGAUAGGGGAAAUGUAAACAGCUUUUUCUGAAUCUCUCUAUAUCUCUAUCUUAUUCUGCAACAUCCUGCAUUUAAAAAAAGAAAGCAUUUAACUUAAGUGCCUCUACAGCUGCAGCCAGAGUGAUCUCAUCAUCUGAGUGCAACAAGACGGAAUUCAAAUUUUGCAAAGACAAGAGUGAGUAAGCAUUUUGUGGGGAACUCCUGCCAAAGAGAGAAAGCGAGACUGGAAAAAAGAGCUAUCAGGGGUCACACUUGGACUCAGUGUGGGCCUGAGGAAGAUAGCAGAGAAUUGAGCCGAAGAGGUAAGAUGAGUCUAAGAAACUGUCACACUCUGACCGCCAGUGGACAGGAUUUGACCAGCAGAAGUAGCCGAGCCCCCUGGGAAGAUGCUAGGGUGGUUUUGAAGCCCUCCACCCUCGCCAGGAAACCUAAACCACCCAAGCCAGAGAAUGCUAUCACCAUUGGCGUGUCAGCACGAGUCCUCUUCAACAUGGAGAAAGAGCAGCAGAUCUACGAGCAGCAGGGCAUGGAAGAGUACAUCAAGUAUCAGGUGGAGCAUGAAACGCAGCCUUUCAGCCCCGGUCCUGCCUUCUCUUUUGUCAAGGCUCUGGAGGCGGUGAACACUCGACUGCGGGAGCUUUACCCCGAGAGCGAGGAGCUCUUUGAUGUUGUGCUCAUGACCAACAACCAUGCAUACGUCGGCCUAAGACUCAUCAAUACUAUCAAUUAUCACAAGUUGUUCAUCGAGCGCUUCUGUAUGACAGGGGGAAACAGUCCCAUAGGUUACUUAAAGGCCUACCACACUAACCUUUACCUGUCUGCUGAUCCAGUCAAGGUUCGGGAAGCACUGGAAGAAGGUAUAGCAGCAGCCACGAUGUUCACUCCAGAGAAGAUAACUGAAGUGUCGGAGACCCAGCUGCGUGUUGCCUUUGAUGGUGACGCCGUCCUCUUCUCUGAUGAGUCUGAGCGCAUUUACAAGGCCCAUGGACUGGACAAGUUCUUUGAGCAUGAGAAGACACACGAGAACAAGCCUCUGGACCAUGGACCAUUGAAAGGUUUCCUGGAGGCUUUAGGAAAGCUGCAGAAGAAGUUUUAUGGCAAAGGACAGCGCAUGGACUGCCCCAUCCGGACCUACUUGGUGACAGCUCGCAGUGCAGCCAGCUCUGGAACCAGAGCCCUAAAAACUUUGCGCUCAUGGGGUCUGGAGAUCGACGAGGCUCUCUUUUUGGCAGGGGCACCCAAGGGCCCCAUGCUUGAGAAGAUUAGGCCGCACAUUUUCUUUGAUGACCAGAUGUUUCACGUGGAGGGGGCCGCUGAAAUGGGGACAGUAGCGUGCCAUGUGCCCUAUGGGAUAGCUCAGAGAAUUACCAAGAAAGGGAUUCAUGACAAAGAGACUUCUUCAGCACCCCAAGAAUCCUAAACGUCACUGAGACUAAAGGGUUAGCAGCUGAGGUUGUCAUUAUAAAGCAAUGUGAUUUCAUAAUAACAUCAAAUCAUUUCUUUCAUUAGCAGUUAAUGACAUGUCAGCUCCAGGGGUUAUUUUUCCAUUGAUUGUUACAUUAUC